GUCAAAAGGUUUUAAUAUGUCAUAUUAGAAAUACACCCAUAUGCAAUGGAUAUCUCAAAUGUUUCUCAUUUCACAGUGAAUUAGGGCUUUUAAAUUUUGUCAUUCAUAAUGCAUGUGACAGCUGACGCUGUGCUAAUAAUAACUGAUCUGUUCAUCCUCUGGAUUUAAUCCAUUCAGCCACAAUAACCUGUGUGAGAUUUACAAAAAGAUAUAAACAAAAAUCCGAGAGGCAAAUGCUAUGUGCCUCGCAUCAGAUUUAUGCAAAAUGCUUGUAAACGUGGCUGAGGUUGGAAUUCAUUUCAAGGUCAUUUUAACAACAGUCAAAAUUUCAAGCAAAUAUCUGACCGACAGUUUUAAUGUUAUAUGUCUGAUGUUACACUUAUUCAAAUCCAUCAGGAAGCCACAGUAUUGAGCAGAGUAUGUACACGACUUGCAAAAACAGCACAAAUGACUUAGAAAUGCAAAUUGAAAUAUUCAGUAACAUCCUGAUAAGUCGGUGUUUAAAAUUAAUCUUAUAAAUGCUAAUGUAAAAAAUAAUAAUAUUAAGAGGCAGAAUGGAUAUUAAGUCUUUUGAAAACUUAUAAAUACUUCCUUAGUUCUUGCUGUGCAUAUAUGUGCCAAAGGUCCAUGAUGACGUCUUUCAAUGUUUCAUUCGAAUCAUUCAUAAAUGGGCCAGCAUCCAUCAUAAAGCACUUUAAAUCAAAGCCACAAACAAAUACUAUGGAAAUACCCACAAUUUCUGUACAAAUGCACUGGGCAAACUGCCACAUUUCCAUAGUUUAUUCAACACUCAUAUUUUUCCAGACAAAUAUUUUGAACCAGAACUCUUUUCUGUGCUUGUGUUGUGUCAAUGCAUGACACAAAGUGUUUCUGAACGAGUACUGUGACUGAGAAAUAACCCCCUGUUUAAGAACAUAUCAUUUUUAUUCGACUCCAAUAUUUUAUGUACAAUAUAAUAACUUUAUACCCAAGGUAUAAAAAGUAAUCUGACCUUUGCUUGAAAACAACACUGCUCUAAAAGUGGGACAGAUCCACAAGUAACAAAAUACUCUGCGAUUAAUCUAUGUCAUUUAGAACUUGCUUGAACGUUGAGGAGAGACCAGAACAUAUCCAGGUGAAGCCGGAAAGAAACUUCAUGUAGACCCCUAAUUUUACAUUCAAAGCCCAUUAAGGCCUGGGGUGGGGCGUUUCACUCAUUUACGUGUCGUUGAUUGACCAUCAAACCAUCAUAAUCACUCGCUACUGAGGGAAUCACAACACAUCAACACAAGAGGAGCCUAAGCAAUACUUCCACAUGAGCUCAGUCCAGCUAUUUCAGCCCUCCAGGAUGGCUAAGGAGUGGACACUUCUGUUGCUCUGUGGCAUUCUGGGGUCUGGAUGCAGCGAAAAGCCAGCAUGGUUCAAGAACAUCACAACAAGUCUUUUUAAAUCCCCUGGAGAUAUUCUGAUUGGAGGACUUUUCCCCAUUAACGAACUGACCAGUGACCUGAGCAAACGGGUAAAGCCUGACGAUCUUGAGUGCAACAGUAUAAGCACGUACGGUGUGUCUCUCGCAUUGGCGAUGAAGUUCUCUUUGGACGAAAUCAAUUCUAAAGAGUAUCUUCUCCCUGGAAUCACACUGGGAUUUGAGAGUUACGACACGUGCAUGCAACCAGCCGUGGUCAUGAGGCCCGUCCUCCAGCUUCUCACAAAGGAAUCGACAAAAGAAUUGGACAUUGCCUGUAACUACACCGACUACAAGCCUCGUGUUAUAGCUAUCAUAGGACCAAACAGCUCCGAGCUGGUCCCAGUUAUUGGAAAGCUGAUUGGAUUUUUCUUGAUGCCUCUGAUUAGCUAUGGUGCCACCAGCGACGUGUUCAGUGACAAAGAGACCUUCCCGUCCUUCAUGCGCACAGUCCCUAGUGAUCGCUGGCAGGUUGCCGCCAUGGUGCAGCUUCUGAAAGAGUUUGGGUGGAAGUGGGUUUCGGUAGUAGGUAGUGAUGAUGAAUACGGACAGAAGGGUCAGGAGCUGUUCUCCAGCAUGGCCAAUGAGCAGUCCAUCUGUGUGGCAUAUCAGGGUUUGAUUCCUGUAUACAGCGAUCAAGAGCAAACGGUGAAAGAGAUUCUCAGUCGUAUUGAGGACGCCAAAGUGGGAGUGGUGGUGGUCUUCUCUUCUCCAAAGCCAGCAAGAGACUUCUUCAUAGAGGUAAUCAAACGAAACAUGACAGGUGUUUGGGUGGCAAGCACAGCAUGGGCUCUGAAUGAUGCUGUAGCCACCCUGCCCGGGAUCAGUUCAAUAGGAACAGUGCUGGCGUUUGCAGACAUCACAAGACCUCUUCACUUAUUCACUCCUUAUAUCGAUGAGCUCUUCACCAAAUUGGAGGAGAUGCCAAUCCCCGAGCAGCCAGAUACAGAUAUCUCUCCUCUGGACAACCCUUGCCCAAUGUGCAGCUACCUAAGCAAAGCCAAUGUGAGCAUGGUACAGACGGUGGAGCGGUCAGCUUUCAGUGUGUAUACUGCCAUCUACUGUGCUGCUCAUGCACUCCAUAACUUGCUGGGAUGCAAUGCCACCCACUGCGCUCUAAAUCCCAGGACUGACAAUGUUUAUCCAUGGCAGCUGUUACAGAGUCUCCAAAAACUUUCUGUAGAUCUCGAGGGGGUUAAUUUUAAGUUUGAUAAAGAGGGUAAUCCAAACGUUGGCUAUGAUGUUAUGCAAUGGAACUUUAGUGACAACACUGUGCACUUGGACAUAAUUGGAAACUUUUAUCAGAACCUAACAAUUAAUGAAAAGAAAAUAAAGUGGCACACGGAAAACGGAAAGGUGCCAAUGUCCACUUGCUCCUCAGACUGUGGGAUAGGACAGGUGCGCAGAGUUAAAGGCUUCCACUCGUGCUGUUUCGACUGUAUUGACUGCAAGGAAGGAACGUUCCUGAACAACUCAGAUGACAUCCAGUGUAAAUCAUGUCCUGCUGGCCAGUGGUCCACCCUACGAAGCACAAGCUGCAUCUAUCCCAUCUAUACUUACCUGGACUGGAGCAACUAUGAGUCCAUUGGACUCAUUCUGGGAGGAGUUUUGGUUCUAGUGUCACAUGUAUGGGUAGGGGCUCUAUUUUUCAAGCACAGAGGAACUCCACUGGUGAAAAGUGCAGGUGGACUACUGAGUGGCCUUAUGUUAUUGAGCCUAGCGGGAACAUGUGUAAGCCUGGUGCUGUUCCUGGGUCAGCCAGGAGACAUCGUCUGCCGUCUGCAGGGGCCACUAAAUGCCUUUUUCCCCACGGUGGCCCUCUCAGUCAUCCUGACCAUUUCCCUUCAGAUUGUGUGCAUCACAGAAUUCCCUGAAAAGUCUUGUGACCACCUGGAGAACAUACGAGGACGAGGGAGCUUGUUUGUGAUUCUGGGAUGUUGUGGGGUCCAAGCAGGACUGUGCGGUUGGUACGCCCAAGAAGCUCCCUCUUUGACCCAAUACGUCGCCAGUUUGGAGGUGACGUACAUUAAAACCUUUUUGCGUUGUCCAGUGGAGCCCAUGUUAAACUUUGGUUUGAUGCUUGGUUUCAAUGUUCUGCUGGCACUGGUGUCAUUCAUGGCCACCUUCAUGGCUCUAAAGCCGCCUGGACAGUACAACGUGGCCAGAGACAUCACCAUCUCCACCUUGAGUUACUGUGUUUUGUGGGUGAUGUUCAUCCCCAUCUACACAAGUCUAAAUGAUAAAGAAAAGUCUAUCGCUCAAGUAGGAGUCAGUUUACUCAGUAAUCUAGGGUUGGUAGCAGCCUAUUUCUUCCCUAAAUGCCAGCUGUUGGUCAAACACCCAGAACUUAACACAGAUGAUCACUUUCGUACAUUUUUAGAAGGAGUCCCACCAACACCACCUGAAGAAAGCUAG